AUGGAGGCCACUCCCUCGAAACCCCCGCACGUGAAAAAAAAAUCUCCUCCUGGAGAUGCCCUGGAUGUGCCUAAACUACCUGAGGUUCUAUCUCGGGAAGAACAGUUAGAGGCAAAACAUGCCCUUGACCCUUGGUUCCUGGAGGGCUCUACUCUUUUGGAGCUCCAGGAGCCACUACAGGUUCUUUUUAGAGUGCUGUGGGAGACGUCUUCUGCCUCCCAGCCUGCUCGGGGCAAUCAGUUUGCACAAGCAUUCAGAAAGGCAGCCGGCCAUCUGGAAAGGGAAAGGGCUACUGCCCUCCCGGCAUCCUCAGAUGAUUCGCCACCUGAGAAGCCCCCUUGUCCACUCUCUGCUUUGGGGCCAUCGUCUGGUUAUCGUGACUGCCCUAUGCCUUCCACUGAGGAGGAGGCAAGUUCAGAAGGGACUUCUGACUCGGAUUCCGAGCCUGACCCCCCUCCUGUGACUUCCGAUGCGCUCAAGGUGUAUCGGGAACUCUUAGAUAAAUGGAAUGAUCUUUUCCCCCCGGCUCGCACCCUCCUUAGAGAAAAGGAGGAACCCUCUGAAAAGGAAACAAAAUCAAAAAUAAAACUGCAAAAGGAGCGUAACAUUUCACAGGUCACUUCUGAUGGUCCUUUGCCGCCAUCUACUGGGCUAAAUUCGAAUAUGCCCCUUCUUUCAAAUUUUCCACCUAAUCGCAAAGGAGUUUUUUGGGGAGAUUCCUCUGCCCCAAUGCCCUACUCGCCAAUGGAGCUAGUUUUCUUGCAAGCUAGGGAACAAGGGGAGCAUUUUGCCCCCGCAGGAUGCUACCCUGCCAUGAUGUUUUCUGAUGGGAGAAUUGAAUAUAAGCCUAUGCAUUUUAAGCUCAUUAAAAAAAUCAAAGAGGCUUAUAAGCAAUAUGGGCCUACGGCUCCUUACACUUUGGGUUUACUUGAUCAAAUCACUGUUGAGCGCAUGACUUUAUAUGAUUGGAGUCUCCUGGCCAAGGCUUGUCUUGACCCGGGGGAUUUUUUAAUGUGGAAGAAUGAUUAUCAGGAUAGAUGUGAGAGGAUUGCUAGAGAAAACCAGCAUUAUGUCUCACGGCUCAUGGACUCCGUGCAAAAGGUCGUAGGAGAUGAGGAGGCAUCCAAUUUACUUACUACCCAGCUGGCAUUUGAAAAUGCUAACAGCACUUGCCAAGCCAUUCUUCGUCCUUUAAGACGAACAGGGUUAAAGCUCAAGAACGACACCAGAAACGAUCAGCGUGAAUCAGCUUCUGCAUGGAAAAUACAAGCAAGAGAUCAUCAAGUAUCAAGGAAGACCAGAAUGAAGGUUGUCCAAAAAACAGCAGCCAAGGAAAAUCACAUUGAUACUUCCAUGGUAGAGAAGGAGGGUCAGGGUUUUCCAAGGAACAAGGGAAAGAAUCUUUCAACUUCUAAGCUAAAGCUUCCAGAACUUAGCAAUCAUCACAGGAAAGGUCACACAGUGGACAGACCUUUUAAGUGUCAGGAAUGUGAGAAAGGCUUCAGAGUUAUCUCUGGCCUUAUUAAGCAUCAGAGAUUUCACAGUGGAGAGAAUCCCCAUAAAUGUGAACAAUGUGAUAGGAGGUUUAGAUUGCGUUCAGAUCUUAAGAGGCACAUCAUGGCACAUCAAGGAAUAAAACCAUACACAUGUUCAUCGUGUGGGAAAAGCUUUGUUUGUAGAGCAAAUCUACACACACAUGAAAGAGUUCACACAGGAGAGAAGCCUUUUAAGUGUGAUGAAUGUGGAAGAAGAUUUACUCAGCCCUCUCACCUUACUAAACACCAUAGAACCCACACAGGUGAGCAGCCUUUUAGUUGUAGGGACAGCUGUGUGGAGCUUAUUGAGCACAGCGCACACGAUGCUGACAUGGAGGGUGUGAGCACUAAACGUGCAGAUACACUGACCGAGGAGACAGGUCGGGAAAGAGACUGGGCCCCUAUGCUGGGAAAGAGACUGAAGCCUCCUAAAGAAUCUGAAGAGAGCACAUGA